GUUUACCAUAUAUGGACAAAGCCAAGCGACAUGAGGGCGCUACCUGCUUCCGGGUUUGCGUGACCAGGGAGCGCUCAACCCGGGACUUCGCUGUCUCCACCAAUUAAUUGAUUUAAAAGUACAACGUAAAACAAGUGACCAAAAGGAACGAUGUCGUACGAACUGAGACACGUUUUUGCCAGUCUCCCACAGAUGGAAAGGGGAGUUACCAAAGUAAUUAGUGGUGAUCCCAAAGGCAACAACUUCCUCUAUACCAACGGGAAAUGUGUCAUCAUCCGGAACAUUCAUAACCCAUCCAUAGCAGACAUAUACACCGAACAUACCCACACAGUUACGGUUGCUAAGUACGCACCCAGUGGAUUCUACAUCGCUUCUGGAGAUGCAUCAGGAAAGCUCCGUAUCUGGGACACUACGCAGAAGGAGCAUCUACUCAAGUAUGAGUAUACCCCAAUAUCUGGCAAGGUCAAGGACAUCGCAUGGACAGAGGACAGCAAAAGAAUUGCUGUUGUUGGGGACGGACGAGAGAAGUUUGGGUCUGUGUUCCUGUGGGACACUGGUUCUUCAGUAGGAAGUGUUUCUGGCCACUCCAAAUUAAUUAACAGCGUAGACAUUCGCCAUAAACGUCCAUACCGAAUGGUCACUGGUGGUGAUGACUGCACUGGUUGUUUCUCUGAAGGGCCUCCCUUUAAGUUCAAGUUCACGAUUCGUAAUCACAACCGGUUUGUCAACUAUGUUCGUUUCUCUCCUGAUGGAAGUCAUUUUGCCACAGCUGGUGCUGAUGGCAAGAUUUUUAUCUAUGAGGGAGUUAAUGGUGAUCUUGUCAGCUGCCUGGGAGGAGAAGUUGCUCACAAAGGAGGAAUAUAUGCUAUAAGUUGGAGCCCAGACAGCUCCCAGUUAAUUUCUGCCUCAGGGGACAAGACCGUCAAGCUCUGGGAUGUUGGUGUCGGUACUGCAGUCACUACUUUCCCCAUGGGCACUGAAGUAGCGGAUCAGCAGCUGGGCUGUCUGUGGCAGAACAAUCACCUUCUCAGCAUCUCCCUGUCAGGCUACAUUAACUACUUGGACAAGAACAAUCCUGACCGGCCCAUACGCACCAUCAAGGGCCACAGCAAAUCCAUCCAGUGUGUGACAGUUCACAGAAGUGAUGGGCGACCAUACAUCUACACGGCAAGUCAUGAUGGACAUAUUAAUUACUGGGAUGCAGAAACUGGGGAGAAUGAUUGUUUCUCAGGUAAGGGCCACAGCAACCAGGUGAGCAAAAUGGUGGUCAACGACGCCAAUGAGGUGGUGACGUGCAGCAUGGAUGACACGGCGCGCUACACCAACAUCAAGAAGCAUGAAUACAGCGCCACUGAUGUGGUAAAAAUGGAUUUCCAGCCAAAAAGCAUCUCGACUGCAGAGGGACUGACACUGGUUAUUUGCAUUGGGCAGGUUGUGUUACUAAAGGACAAAAGAAAAGUAUUCGCACUGGAAAACCUUGGCUAUGAACCUGAAGUUGGAGUUCUCAACCCUACAGGGGACACUGCUGCCGUUGGGGGAACAGAUGGAACAAUUCGUCUGUAUUCGGUCCAAGGCAAUACUCUGAAAGAUGAGGGAAAAGCCAUACAGGUUAAAGGGGCGAUCACAGACAUGGCUUAUUCUAAUGAUGGCGCAUAUUUGGCUGUCAUAGAUGACAAGAAAGUGGCCACAGUCUUUAGUGUGGCAGAUGGCUACUCGCUCAAAAAUGAAUACUAUGGACACCAUGCAAAACCGGUUACCUUAGCCUGGUCACCUGAUAAUGAGCACUUUGCAACUGGUGGAAUGGAUAUGAUGGUUUAUAUCUGGACCGUUUGCGAUCCAGAUAAAAGGAUUAAGUUGCCAGAUUGCCACAAGUUGCACCAUGUUAGCGGCCUGUCCUGGAUUGAUGCAAAUAAUCUUGUCACCACUUCCCAUGAUGCUAGCAUCAAGCAGUGGACAAUUGCAUACUGAGACAUGCUGAUAAAUAAAAUCCACGUCCCCAGGGAAAAGGACUACUGUAGAAUUCAACCCCCCGCCCCUCACUCCAUGCAAUCUCAAUGGUGUAUUUUGCUGUCUUGAAUUAAUGAUUAAUAAUGAUAAAAAGAAAACAAAAUUCCAAAUUAAAAUGAUCAAAAUAUUUCUCUUUGUGCAAAUAAGUGCAACAUUCAGAGUGUACUUGAUCUCAUUACAUGUAUUGGCACUGCUCAACAUUCCAUUAAUAAUUGCACUUGUCUGUGGUUGGGCUCAGUGCAUCCUUACUUGGUGGAUAAACCAAAAGUUGUUUAACACUUAAGUGUUCAUAAGACAUUUGAAUCUUUUGGUUACAUUCCUAAACUGAAAAUGCUUCAUUGCGGUUAUGUUUCACAUUUUGUUCUUGGAAAGGAUGGGAGGACAGUAGGCGGGUGCAGCAUUUUUCUUUCUAGCAUCACUUUUCGCUAUUCAUAGCACUUCGUUGACUUGGGAGCAAUUAAAGCAACAGAAAAGAAAUGUACAAUCAGAAUUUAGUCCCUUCAUUCAAGGAAAUUUCAAAGCAAUUUUUUGGGGUUCCGCAAUUCUUUUCUCACUAUUUUCAUGUCGUGUCUAUGCAUUUGUUAAUAAUAUUGCUGAAAAUAAAAGUUUUGCAUUUUC